CACCCUCAGACAUUCUCACAUCUUGACCUCUCACGGACACUCACACACAGGGUCGUGCGUUUGGAUGAGUAACAGCCUGAGUCGGCAUGGAUCUGUCCUGAGCUGCUUUCAUACCCCCCUUUUCCUCCAUAUGCGCUGCUGCUGGAUGCUACUCGCCCUUCCCCCGCUGCACUUGUUGCGCAGAGACUGGUUGCGCCUCUGAGUCCUUGGAGAGGAGAGACAGGGGACUGACUGCAACAGGUGCACACAGAGAAUCUCCUCCGAGAAGACUGCGCCGGAGAUAAAACAAAACUUUAAAUGCAGAUCUGAAGCUCUUUUGGCCAUCUUCAGCCCUAACUGCGCACGCAAAGCCAGGAUGCCGGUUCUAACGAGCCCAGACAUCGCCAAUAAGUUUAAGGAGAAAUGGCUGGCGGUAUACCCUGAGGAUCAGGUCACCGGGUCCGACUCUGCCCCCAUGGAUGACAGCCUCACCAGCCUCCACUGGCUCCAGAAUUUCUCCAUCCUCAGCGCGGACCCGGAGCGACCUAACGGAGCUGGACCGGGCUGUCCAUCCUCUCAGCACCAACUCUUUCUCAAGCGUCUCGGCUUCCCCAGAGGUGGCACCGACUCUCCGUCAAGCCCCCCAGCCGGGGACACCGCCGCGACUGGGAUGCCUCCAUACUUAGGGAGCCCUGUCACCUCCGGCAGCGACUCCACCGCAGCGCCACGGUUUGCCAAUUGCGCACAUCCUGGGAACGGGUACCCACAGAUCCCCAUCCAGGCCAGCCCGCCUGUGGAAGUCGACUAUAAAACCAAUCCUAAAGUCAAACCUCCUUAUUCCUACGCCUCUCUUAUCUGCAUGGCAAUGCAAGCCAGUAAACAACCCAAAGUGACUCUAUCUACCAUCUAUAACUGGAUAACUGAGAAUUUCUGCUACUACAGACACGCGGAGCCCAGCUGGCAGAACUCAAUUCGUCACAACCUGUCCCUCAACAAGUGUUUCAAGAAGGUCCCCCGACAGAAAGACGAGCCAGGGAAGGGGGGCUUCUGGCAGAUUGAUCCACAGUAUGCUGACAUGUUCGUCAACGGGAUCUUCAAGCGCAGGAGGAUGUCUGCGAACCACUACAACAGCAGCAGCAGCAGCAGUGGUGGCAGCAGCACCCACAGACAGAGCAAACUGGUUCAGGGUUAUCACAGCACCCAAAAUGGCUUCCCUUACCAGGGGGUGGGCGUCAAACGGAAGCACCUGCCCUCUAAGAACAACGGCAAAGCCAUGAGGGCGAGUGAGUCUCCUCUUUUGGCGACAGAGGCCCACAAAGCAGACAUCCUGAGGGGGGACUUUGACCUGGCGUCUGUCUUUGAUGAUGUCCUCAGCGGGAGCUGUAGCACCUUUGAGGAUCUGGACAUCAACACAGCGCUGAGCUCCCUGGGCUGCGAGAUGGAGGUGUCCAUGCAGGGGAGGCAGCAUUCGGCGGGGCUGGGGAGGUGGUGCGGCGGAGGGGACAUCAUAGGUCAGAGCCAGCACCUGAACCACCAUCAGUCCUACAGUUACAUGGAGCUGAACGCUGCUUCCAUGGAUUGCGCGGUCAAUAUGGGGGAGCUCCACGUGCCGCAGCAGCAGCAUCCGCAGCAACAACAGCAGCAGCAGCUGGACCAGGAUCAACUGCUCCAAAGCCACCACCACCACCUGCAGCAGUUCGACGACCCCUCCACACUGUUCUCAGAGCAACCAGAUGAGGUGGUGCUCCAACCCUGGGAGGAGAUCAAAGAAGAGGCGCAGGCGAUUCCUCUGACUCUAGAUCAGGGCUUCGGCCUGUGCGAGGGCUUCUUCACAGAGAUGCAGCCAUGGGAACGAGUGGAGGCCUAUCUGUGACCUUUGACCCUGAAACCUCAUUGACUCCUAAUUAUUUACACUCAAUGAACAUCUCUGAUUACUUGUCCAACACAGAAGAACAGCCCGGUUACUUCUGCAUUCCCUCCAAUCGUUCUGCAAUACACUACAUUUGUAAUUUAUUUUUUGUAACAUUCACUCGUCCUUCUUGUUAAAAUGAUGUCAAAACUGUCUUUGAAGGGAAGCUGUGAGCAAACAAGCUCGCAAAGAUUCCCUUAAAAGACACUGAUGUGACUAAAAAUAUGUCGGUGAUUGGGGAUUAUCUCCUGGCGUAGACUCUCAUUUCUUCCUAAGGGUGUCAGGUGAUUGACAGGAAACAGUGGGUAACAUGACACAACACUGAUAUAUCAGGCACAAUGAAAUGACAAUACAACAGAGAAACAUUUAUAAACCAAAUUAAAGUUUCAUGCGGACUGCGAGGGAUUAUCGCACUCUGCAGGAUGAAUGGCAGCAAAUGGUUUCUUCAGAAGGAGGACUGUGGACUGCGUGCAGAGAAAACAGGACUAAUUAUCAUCCUUUAAGUUGGAUUUUGUGGAACUGUAACAGCUCGAAUGUCAAGCAGCUGGUAAUACGAGAACGUGUUCAAAUGAGUGCUGAACUGGACUGAACUGCAGCUAUAUGUCGUUGGUGAAAUAAUGGCUAAGCACUCUCCACAAGCAAGCACUACAGGGCCGAGAAGACAUGCAGGAAUCUAUUUUGCUACAUUAGCAUUAAACUUUUCUCUUUUUUUAAAAAAAACUAACAUGCAGUGAAAUUAGCCAUUCAUCUCAACGGUCUGUGCAGUGAUGAAAGAUGAAGCUAUCAGAGCAGGAUGGAUAACGAGAAACUUUAAAUUCAUAGUCUGAGAUUAGAAAUCAGUCAUUUAUGACUUUUAUAUAGUCAAUCUAAUAUAUAUUCACUAAAGUAUAUAGCAUGAAGCUAGGCAGGAACAUUUGCCAUUUGUCUACAGUUACGUAUUGCAAAGCAAAAAAAAAAAAGAAAAAAAAGAAGAGAGGAGCAGACCUGAAAUCAGUCAUGAAAAUCGAACAUUAUGCACUUUGAUAGGCAGCAGUUUUAGGAAAGCGAGACAGCUUUGUUUAUCAGGAUGUUUCGUUUUUUUGUUUUGUUUUUUCAUAUUAAAAUGUUUUCUAAAGUUUACUGACCAUAAUGAAAGUGAUGCAUAAUGCUGUAAUCGUCCAUAUCUAAUUAUUUUUGAACAUUAGACUCUACACUGCAAUAAGUCGAUUAUUUUUCCUUUUUGCUUAAAUAUGUACUUCUUUCCAAAUAUAUACAAAACUGGGCAUUUGUUGAUUAUAUUUCGCCAAAAUUUGUUGAUAAGGAAUAUGCAGUUCAUUGGUGUUUCUGUGUUGAUGAAUAAGAAAAUAAGAGUUGUGUUUUCUGUCACUGGGUGAUGGAUUUCCCUUUUUGUCCUUACUGAUUAUUUUGGUGUCGUUUUUUUUUAUUUUUGUUUGUACGGUUUGUUUUCACAAAUCAAAAUAUGUUUGAGAACAUAAUAACUGUUGGUUUGAGGGGACAAAUGAUGAGCGGGUACAUAUAAAUUCAACUCAUAAAGGUCAGAUGUUUCUUAUUGUAUCAUAUUGAUCAAGUUUGAGACGAACUCUUUAAUCCUACCAUGUUAUUUUCAUUUGUACUUUUUUAAGCUGUUUAAAAAUGCA